AUGGACGCUAUUACCAUCUCUCCCGCCGUGAUGACCGACGAGCAGUACGGAGCUGUCUACGGAGAAUACAAGCCAUACACAGAUAUCGCUCUCAACUGGCUCCGUCAUAUACUGUACGAGCCUCGCGAUGGCAGCAAGACACAUUCACUCGAAUACUGCAGAAGAUUGGCCGAAGAGGUGGUCCAGAAGCGUGUCAACAUACCCGUCGAGAUCACCAAAAGUCUUGACAUUGCUAUACGUGGCCGGGAAGCGUGUGCAGAGCACCACAGAGCACUGAAAAACUCAGACGAGAAGCACGAGCACAUCAUACAAGUGCUCAAAGACAUCCAAACGACUUUCUCUCGCCCCACAGGCCGACCACGAUCAAAUUCCGAUUCUUACUUGACGUCGUCUAACUGGCGUCGUUGUGCUUCUCUCCCAGAGGCGGAAGCGGCAAGAGGCUCGAACCAGCCAUGGAGAUCAAUCACAAGAUCUCGGUCGCAGGACAGCCGCCUAGGCGGGCAACUCACAAAGCCCAGCUGGGAGACCUCCACCAACUGGAGAGCAUAG